UAUUUUUCUUUUUCUAUGCAUAUAUGUUUUAAUUUUGAAAUCAUGGUAUGUGCGAGUGUCAUCGCUACUAAAAUUAAAAUAAUAGAUACGAAUUUUUUACAGAGUAUAUUAUUAGCCAAACAAGUGUAAUAUCCAGUUCUAUUUAAAACAUUUUUUAUAUAUUUUUUUCGGUACACUCCUUUUUAAUUGGAUUGUGUUAGGUUAAAAUAACUGAAACUAUGAACGUAUUGGGAACUGAUCCUGCUCAGAGCAGUGGUGUGGACAAAACCAAGGCAUGGCAGAUGGAACUGCUGAUGGAGAAGCUACGCUCGAAGGCUGGGCAGUUCAAGUCCCUUGUGGAGACAGCAAAGACUCUGAGAAUGCAGCUGCUGGAGAAGCGCUACUCGGUGGACAGCGUCGAGCGUGCCCAGCUGCAGAAGUGCCUCGACACGCUGCAGCAUUCCAUCAAGGUCACCACGCUGCAGGGCAUGGUGGAGCGGCUGGAGAGCGUCUCUCGCCAGCUGGGGCUCAAGUUCACAGCUGGGCCGUCGGGCCUGGACUGGUUCAUCUCCUCGGACAUGUUCUACCUGGAGGUGAUGCUGGAGCCGUCCGGCGCCGUCAAGGACGUGAAGAUCAGUCACGAGGGCAAGGUUGAGCAGCAGAGCUGCGAGGAGCUGGCGGGCUGCCUGUCGCGCGGGGACUUCGCCGACCUGGCCGCCCAGCUGGAGGGCCUGGCCUCGGUGUACCAGCUCAGCACGGACAAGAAGGUGAAGUGCAAGGCGUUCAGCGCGCUGCAGGGCCUCGAGACGGACCUGGCCACGCUCGCGCUGGCGCAGCAGUUCAUCAAGGAGCCGUUCAACCUGGUGCACAAGUCGCCCGUGGGGCUGCUGCAGCGGCGGCGCGGCGGGCACGCCAUGGCGCUGACCUACCUGGUGGCGCCCUACGACCUGCUGUGCGCGCGGAGGAAGCUGCAGCUGCCCCUGACGGUGGAGGAGGUGACGGGGCGAGCCCUGGGCCGCAGCGUGCAGGUGUGCCUGGAGGGGGGAGCCAGCCACAAGCUGCAGACCUGCCCGCUCAUCUCCGUCAGCCCCGGCCCCAACGGCAAGAGCACGCCGUGCUACGCGAGCGUGACGGCUGCCAACAGCUGCGCGCUGCCCGCCUGCUUCGUGCUGCGGCUCGACCAGCCCAUGCCGGUCGCCCUGGCCCUGCUGCGCCGCAUGCAGCAGCUGACGGAGCUGGAGAGCACGGAUGCCCUCUCGCCCGUGCCGCUGCUCAGCCUGGUGACGCAGCACGCCUCGGGCGGCCGGCUCGACUGCGCCGGCAACCGCGGCCUCUUCGUGUCGCUGCCCGACCAGAGCCACUGCUACUUCAUGACGGAGAGCAAGGCGCUGGAAGGCGUCAUGGUGACGAGCGUCCCCUUCACGCACCCGGCGCAUGUCCCCCAGAUCCUGGCCCACCUGCGCCAGCAGGCGCUGUUCAACACGCUGGUGGCCAGCUGCGUUCGCCCCGCCAGCCGCCAAGACUUUGAGAACGUGAUCAUGUUCGAGGUGACGGCGCUGUCGUGGCAGCAGCUGUCGGUGUCGUUCGAGCACCCCUUGGAGGAGACCAUGACGACGGCAGAGCUCGACCUGUCCGACAUAGGCGGCCUGCACUGCAAGGUGUACGGCAGCGGGGUGGAUGCCGGGGCGAGCCCCCACGACGUCAGCAAGGUGCUGCAGAGGUGCUGGUCGAUCCCGGUCACGAUGCGGUCCCUGAUCCGGACAUGGCAGUGCCAGGACAUGGAGGCCAACGACCUGGCGCUGGGCGGGAACCUCGGCAUGCCCCCGGGCAGCGAUCCCGGGCGUCAUCCCGGCUCUAGCAACCACUCCGUCCCAGAGUUCGACGUGGGCCGGGUGAAGCCCGACCCGGACGGGAUGCACGGCCGGCAGGGGUUCGGACCGGAAAUGUCGGACGGCUUCCAGAGCCCCCUGCUGCAGUCGGAGGGUCAGGAGCCGGUGGCCAGCACCUUCCCGUUUGUGAACCUGCUGGUGAGCCCGGUGACGGGAAAGGGUUCGUCCCUGAUGGCGGUGAUGGGGGACUCGCCAGGCUCGAAGAAGUCACGCAAGAGGAAGAAUGCCGAUGGUUCGUGGAGGAGCCCGAAAAGGAAACAAAAUGAAGACUGCGAUAUAAUGCUGGAGAGUUCGAGCAAUGAGUCAACACCUCUUGGAACACCUACUUCGCAGGAUGCUUCUGCGGAAGUGGAACCCGAAGAUGACGUGGAGAAAGAUAACUCUGACUUUGAUGAGGAGGAGAUCAUGGAAAUUGAAGAAAAUGAUUUUUUACAUGGAAAGAAAUCUAAAAAAGAUAAAAAGGGGUCACCGCCUAUCAUACUAGACUUAGCUGAAAGUAAAAGCUUGGUACCGCCAUCUGUAAGCAUCACACCAAUUUCAACAACCAAUCAGAGUCUCAACUCUGUCCUCACGGACAUGGGAUUGAAUCGACGUCCAGGUAUAGAGAUCAUUCCUAUCAAAUCUACUCCCGCUGCAUCUCUGCCUAGCUCCAUCACUAUCACGCCAAUCACAAGCAAGAGUUCAAGUGAGGACAGGGCAAGGGAUCGCAAAAGCAGCAAGAGCAGAAGUUCUGACGAAAGAGUAAAGUUGGAGAAGAAAAGGAAACGGAAGCGAGAGGACAGUCCAGGUGGAAUCGCAAUGGGGCCUCCCGAAAAGCUGCCUCCCAAACAGGAUGCUCUAUCCAAGCCGGUCAACAUCAGCAUCAAGCCAACAACAGACUCACCACCGAUGUCAUCUGUGAGACCUUCUUCGCCGGCUAGUAGUGUUCGAAAAUAUGCUUCGUCUCCGACGCACAUCAACCUCUCCAUGUCUAAAUCAGGAUCCGGAAAAUCGUCUUCCUCAUCACAUCAAAGUCCAAAACACUCCCCUGGCUACUCCACUAGUAGCCCAAAGCACCACGGUACCUCAUCCCCAAAGCAUCAGUCCUCCAGUGGGUCAGGCAAGCCCAGUAUGUCUGCUCUAAAGUCUGCCGCCAAUUCCCCAUCAACCAUUGGCAAGAGCAGCUCAGGUGACAUUCAGAAAAGCAAGUCAUCCUCCAAUAAAGAUAAAGACAGGAAAUUGACUUCGCUUGGAAGCGGUGUCUCAUCAUCAGGUUCCAGUCCGAAACUGAAAUCAUCUAGUGUGAAGCUCAAGCAACUCGAUCUCACAGACGGUAAUGGUGGCGGGUUGGGUGGAGGCAACACUUCACCCUCUGAUGUGGGUGGGGAUGGAAGAAAAUCUUCCACACCACAAGCUAGGAAUAGAAAACACACUUCGAUAUCAGACGUGAUCGACAAGUUGAACUCCAUGCACAAUGUAUCUGAAUCUGGUGACGUCAGAGGAGGAACAGGCAAGGGCUCAAUGACCGACAGUAACAAGAAUUCUGAGUACAUGGUGAAGCCUAGUGGGGAUGGGAUGAGAAUUACCAUCAACAAGACUAAAUCCAAAGACUCUAAAUCUGGCAAUCCUAGAAGUUCAUCUUAUACUGGAACAGGUUCACCAAAAACUCACACAGGGUUAAAACCUGGUGUCAACAGUGGCCCGGCUUCCAAAAAACCUCACCAGGUGGUGCAACAGAAGUCUCCAAGUGGAGUGUCUAGUGGUACAGGGAAGUCAAGUGGGGGUUCAUCCAAGAUGCCAUCAUCAAAAUCGAGUGGUUCUCCCAUACCCAAUAUAAUGUCGAAGUCAUCUUCAAAGUCUACUGGAUCCCCAAAGAUGGUGAGCAGUAAUGACACCAGCAGACGAGACAAAUCAAGACCAAAGAACAACAGUGAGAGAGAGAAAAGUGUUUUCAGUUCAUCAAAAGGAACAGAUGGUAGGAAAUCAAGCCCACUCACUUUGCGGGAUGAGCAGGAGAAUUACAAGUUAAUGGCACCUCACUCUAAGAUGGAUUCAGCCUUGCCUCCUCAACUGGUUGUUGAAGGCCUGAUCAAAACACUUGAUACCAAGUUCCAGAUUCCCAAACUUUCUGCAAGAUUAAAUGCAUCUGAGAAUGAUUCCAAGAAGUCCAUUACUGACAAAGUGUUGGUGAGUGACCCAAGUCGAGGUGAAUCCAUUCCUAAACCUUUGGAAAUUAUUAAUAAAGUAGAAGGGUCAUCAAAGUAUCCAAUCUCUUUGAAAACCGUUGAUGAUUUAAAAAACCAAAAAUUGCCCCAUGCUUCAUUGCCAUCAACACAUUCAGUGUAUUCUGGCGGAAGUGCUUCCAUCGUGGGUAUGUCCUCCAAAACUUCUGCCCCUGUGGUAUCGAAAGCCAUCGACGUGAGUCUUGAGACAUCACAAGUUGCAAGCAGCACCAUCAUGCCGGUCAUAAGUAUUGUUCCUGUGACGGACCUGUCCUCCGAGCCUCUGGAACUGUCCGCCUCGAGGGGUAAGGCAGAGUCGUCUCGCGCUCUGCAGAUGAAGGAAGAAUCUCAACCAAACUCCAAGCUGGAUGCAGCGAACACAGCCUUGUCACUGGUGCUUCCAGGAAAGACGAUGGACAGCAACAAUACAAAGUUCCCGACAGUGUCCAAGCAGGUGGAAGACGUCAAGAAGUUCAACCCUCUCACCGUGGAACCACCGAACAAGAUGAUGGCGGCACUGACAUCGUCCCAGGAGGCUGCGGAGAUACUGCUGGACUUCUCUUCCUCUUCGUCGGGGCUGGCCAGCAAGGCUCUGGUGCCAGAGCUGCCUCCGCCCAGCAAGCUGACGACGGUGCCCGAGCGAGCGUUGGCAUCAUCUACCCCCGGCCGCAGGAACACACCCCCUCCCCCUCCUCCCAUGUUCCCCUCCUCCCCCUCUGUGUCGGUUCACAUCCUGAAGUCCCCGGUGACGUCUCCCCUCAUCAACCCAUCGCCACACUCUGUCUCCCCGUGCAUUACAGACGACGAGCUCAUGGACGAGGCGCUGGUUGGAAUGGGCAAGUGAGCCGAGGGCAGGGUGCUACACAUGAUGUGUCGGUUCUACUGUACUCCCGGUUCUCGGUUUGGUUCCAGUUCUUAAAAAUCAAUUGUCAGUGCUAGGUUUACCACCAAACUAUUUUCAGUCACACCUAAAAUAAAGAAUGUCUUUAUAGAUGGCAUGUUAAUUAGUUCAUUAUGAAUUCAGAGUGCUUCUUGUUCACUAGGUGGCCUGUAAUACAUAUAACUGUUUUUGUAGCUGAAUCAAAAAAAAAUUUCUUGAGAAAGAUUUCAUAUUAUAAAAAAAAUUAACACAUGAUGAUGUUUUAGUUAAAAUUGAUGUAGGGCUAUAAAAGUGAUAGCAAACACAGUCAAUGAAUGGUAGACACCUUUAAAUCAUAGUAGUUUAUGAUUUAAGAUGUAAUUUAUAUUUUAUUUUUCCAUUUGUCUACUUUUGGUUAAAAUAAUUGUUUCUGCCUCCUAGUGAAAAAAGGCAAGAAAGAAAUGGGAAUUUUGGCAUGAAGAUUUUUUUUUUUUUUUUUUUUUUUUUUUUCCAAUGCAACCUGCUGUAUUUUCAGUUUAGCUGUUAAGCUUAGAUUAUAUUUAGCGUUCAAGGUGUCUGUUAGUUUGCUGAAAAACAGCGGAACCGGGAACCGGGAACAACCCAUCAUUUGCCUGAAAUAUCUCGCUCGCAGCCCGAUUAUUGUUGGAGGGAGCAAGUUCCAAGUGACUUACUAUAGCAAAGAUACAUAAGUCUGCACAUGAUUAGGUGUGUGGCCUGCUGAGCAUCAUAACAGCAAUAUGUAUUACGAGAUAUAUCGUAAGAUAUUCAUAUUUUCUAGCUAUAAAAUAUAUACCUAGGUAUUUUGGCUGUGUUUAGGUUAUGUAAAGUGAGAAUUUCUCUCAGCUUAAUAUAUUUUUAUCUUUACAGUUUGCAUAUACAUCAUUGUGACAUUAUUUAAUACAUAGUUAUAGUUUUACAAUUUAAGAGGCAGGAAGGUGUUAUAUUAUUUCUUAUUAACUGCAACUGUUAUACUAUUAUAACUCUGUUUAAUAGAGAUUUGAUAGUACUCAAAUUUAAAGUUGGAAUGCAUAAUGUAAGCAAUUCUUGAACAAAAAGCUUAUCCUCUAAUAGCAGAGUGGUGUUAUAAAAAUUUGCUGUGAAUGGGAGUAUAAUUUAACUGUGGUUUCAUGACUUUAUUCCAAAUAAUUAAAUGUUAAACAAUAUUCAUGAAAGACUUGGGGAUGAAAAGAAUGUAAUUUAAUUUUAUCAAACCAGUGAAUGUUGUUGGGUUCAGCUAAUGUGAGGGAAUCAACUAAAGGAGGGCCAUGGUAGAAAAGGGAGUGCUAGAAUUUCUAAUACACACAUCGUUGUGGUAUUGUUUUGCCAUAACAAUUCAUAGUACAAUUUGACAUUUAUUUCACAUUUGUAUUAAGUAUUGUUUGUGCUAUAAAAGUUCAUAGACUGGGUUUCUUCUCUCUGAAGAAUUUUAAUUUGACAUUUUUAUUUUGUAUGGUUAGAAUUUACUUUUAAGGGCUGUUUUUUGUAUUUUAAUCUGUAUAUAAUGUAAGUGGAGCAUGGGUUUGCAGGCUGCUAUAUGUUAAUAUGUAUGAAUGUUUUGGUUGGCACUGUGAUGGGGGGGGGGGGGGAGAAAGCUUGAACAAGUUGGUGACUAAAGUGAGCAUUGUAUAUCUUCUUAAAUGAGACAAAUUUGAAAAUGAUACAAAUAGUUUAACAGGUGUGCUUUAAAAAUUUUAAUGUCUUCCAUAAAGGUCUAGAAAAAUUCCAGAAGAAACUUGAUAAUGUUCUAGAAACUUUUAGACUUCUAGAAAAUUCCAGAAAAAGUUAAAUAAAUUAUUAACCUUUAAAAAAAAUUCUAGAUUGUUCUAGAUAAAUUGAGAACAGGGAAAAAAUUAUUUAAAAAAUUCUAGAAUAAUAUGGAAUGGUCUAGAAAAUUCUUGAAUGUUCUAGAAUAAUCGAAAAUAUUAAAAAAAAAAUUUUCAAAAUUUCUAGAAUAAUCUGGGAUGUCCUAGAAAAUUCAAGAAUAUUAAAAAAAAAUUUCACAAACUCUAAAAUGUUCUAGAAAAAUCAAGAAUAAUUGGGAAAAAAUUCUAGAAUGUUCUAGAAAAAUUGAGAAUAUUGGAAAAGAAAUUAUUUUCAAAAAUUCUAGAAUAAUAUGGAAUGUUCUAGAAAAUUCUUGAAUGUUCUAGAAUAAUCGAAAAUAUUCAAAAAAAUAUAUUUCAAAAAUUAAAAAUCUAGAAUGUUCUAGAAAAAUCAAAAAAAUAUUAAAAAAACAUAAUUUCAAAAUUUCUAGAAUAAUCUGGGAUGUCCUAGAAAAUUCAAGAAUAUUAAAAAAAAAUUUCACAAAUUCUAAAAUGUUCUAGAAAAAUCAAGAAUAUUUGGGAAAAAAAUUCUAGAAUGUUCUAGAAAAAUUGAGAAUAUUGGAAAAGAAAUUAUUUUCAAAAAUUCUAGAAUAAUAUGGAAUGUUCUAGAAAAUUCUUGAAUGUUCUAGAAUAAUCGAAAAUAUUCAAAAAAAAAAUAUUUCAAAAAUUAAAAAUCUAGAAUGUUCUAGAAAAAUCAAAAAAUAUAAAAAAAAAUAAUUUCACAAAUUCUAAAAUGUUCUAGAAAAAUCAAGAAUAUUUGGGGAAAAAUUCUAGAAUGUUCUAGAAAAAUUGAGAAUAUUAGAAAAGAAAUUAUUUUCAAAAAUUCUAGAAUAAUAUAGAAUGUUCUAGAAAAUUCUUGAAUGUUCUAGAAAAUUCUUGAAUGUUCUAGAACAUUCUAGAAUAAUAUGGAAUGUUCUAGAAAAUUCUUUAAUGUUCUAGAAUAAUCGAAAAUAUUUAAAAAAAAUUCAAAAUUUCUAGAAUAAUCUAGAAUGUUCUAGAAAAAUUGAAUACAUUAAAAAAAAAUUUCUAAACAGUAAAAAUGCUGGCAUUUUUUAGAAAAAAAAAUUUUUAUUUAAAUAUAAGGUUAUUUAAAAAUCUAUAAGUUCCAGAAAUUAGUACAAAAUUUGUGAAUGUUCUAGCAUGUUCCAGAAUGUUCUAGUAUUAUCCACAACAAAAUAAAUCAAGAAUAUAGAAAUUUGCAUUACUUACCAGGUCUGAGGAUAUAGAUUAAAUACUAGAAUUAGAAAGAAUAUUCUAGUAUGAUUGAGGUUUUUUUUUACAAAAUUGUUCAAGGAUAUGAGAUUAGUCAAGCAGGUAAGAGAUUGUAAUAGUAUAUUUAAAAAUAAUUUUGGCAUUUUGUACACAUUUGAUAAAUAGCUGGUUGUUACUCUUACAAUCUAUAAGCUCAUUCCUCAAAUUCACACCAAGCUUGUCUGGAUAAAUUGUUAGGGAAAUCACCAAUUUUGUAUAAAUAAUUUGUUAGUCUCUCUUAGUUCUGUGAAAUUACAACUGAAAGUUUCUUAUCUUGUAACAUGUUUACAAAUAAAAUAAUACAUGUACUGUA